AUGGUGAUUGCCUAUUGUGGAUUAGUCGCCGGUCAAAUUGGGAACAUUAGUUUGACAGAUGAAGACUAUCAACAAAUAGACAGGGAGGAAAUCGAAUUGAUGGAUAUUAAGUGGGCGUUUGCAAGUGCAGUGAGAAGAGCUAAGGACUACAUGAGGAGAAUGGGUAGAACAAGUUUGGAAAGUAAAAGGGACACUAAGUAUGGUUUUGAUAAGGAUGCAGUUACGUGCUUCAAUUGUGGUGAGAAUGGCCAUUUCAAGCGGGAAUGCACUCGACCGAGCAGACAAGGAAAUCAAAAUCCUUUCAGAAACCAGUCAAGCUCAUCCAAUGCUAAUCAAGUGAACAAUGAAAGGGGCAUUGUAGCAGUUAACAAUCCGGGUAACUCAAACCAGUCGGGGCCUUCCAAUUCAAACAGGGCCUUAGUAGUUCAUACAGAUGAAGGAUGUGACUGGUCAGUUCAAUUGGGUAAUCAGGGAACGGAAGGAAAUGGAGGAACUGCUUGUUAUGCUAAGAUCAUUAAGUAUAUCAAGCAUGUUCACAGUGAGGAGUUCUCUGAGGAUGAUGACAGUUUUGCUUACAGUGGUAGCUCGGGUGAGGAAAACUCCAAUGCGGGUCGUUAUGGUUCAGAUUCGGAAGUAAAGGCACCUCUUGAUGCUGAGGUUGAUAGUUUACUUAAGGAAGCUGAGGAACUGAAAGAAGCAGAAGAGCUUAAAAGGCAGAAAUCUGUGUUAGUAAGGAAAGCUGAAGUCGCCUCCAACGAAAUGGAAAAGUUCUUCACUGUGGAUGGAUCUUUCUCUUAUCAGACUGCCUUUAUGGUAAUUGUUGCAGCUUUGACUAGUAAGGUAAACACUGAAACUUCUAGUGUAUGCAAUGAUUGUGUAGAAUUGAAAUGUUUAGGGUUCAAACUGGAUGAUUCAUCAAAGGAAUCGAAAAAGACAGAAAAUGUGUCUUAUGUUGUGGAACAAAGUCCUCCAAUAAUUGAGGAUUAUGUUUCAUCAGAUGAUGAAUCAGAUGAGAGUUAUCAGGAUCAAUCUCUUAAUAAGAAGAAAGGAGUAGAAAUUCCAGUUGAGAAUCAUAUCUUGUGUGAUCCUCCUACUCCCGUUGCCCCCGUUAUGCAAUCAAUUGCAAAACAAAAGAUUGAUUCGAUUAAAUCUGUUGAUGAAUCUGUGUCUACAUUUAGGGAGAUAAUAGUUUUGGACGAUUCUACCAGUAAGUUUUUGGGUAAGGCGAUCCCGAGAGUUACAGUAACUCAGUGUGAUCCUAUUCCAAAAUCUGAAGUUAGAAAACAAUACGGGAAUAAAGAAUUACCAACUGAAAAACAACCAAUUGCCCCUAAAGGUAAACAACAGGAAAAACGAGAUCAACAACCUAAGUUUGAACCAAAGGGAGCUCGAAACAAGAAAAAGGGAAGGGAUGUUAAAUUUGUGGCCUCAAGUGGUACUGACAAAGUUGAGAAUUUUGAAAACAAAUCUAAUACUGCUUUUGUUCAACAAGGUGUUCCAGGAGGAACUGUGAAUAGUCUUUGGAUUUUUGACAAUGGAGCAUCCCGGCACAUGACAGGCGACUUAUGGCUCCUGUACGAUGUAAAAAGCAUUAGGGGAGGUUAUGUUGCCUUUGCUGGCGAUAAAGGCGGAUAUAUCACUGGAGAAGGAAUGAUUUCCAAUGGUGUUGUUAGUUUCGACAAGAUCAAGUAUGUGCAUCAUAUUGAUCACAAUCUUCUUAGUGUUUCUCAAAUCAGUGACAAGAAGUUCACGUUACAUUUUGAUGAUACCGGUUGUUAUGUGCUGAAACCCGGUUUCAAGAUUCCCAACGAAUGGAUUCUAUUGACGGCUCCAAGAAUUAAUGACUUGUAUAUUCUUGAUAUGAGCCAAGCUAUUACCACGUCUGCACAAGUUACAUGUUUUGUCUCAAAGGCCACUGAAAAGGAGUCGAUAUCUUGGCACAAACGUAUGGGUCACAUUCACUUGAGAAAAUGA